UCUGCCAACGAGGGGGACGCGUACCCACUGGGGGCUCUGCCUGUCGGCACGCUGAUCUGCAACCUGGAGAGCCACCCUGGGAAGGGAGCGCAGUACAUCCGGGCAGCUGGGACCUGUGGAGUGCUGCUGAGGAAAGUCAAUGGGACAGCCAUUGUGCAGCUGCCCUCCAAAAGGCACAUGCAGGUGCUGGAGACCUGCGUGGCCACAGUGGGCCGUGUGUCCAAUGUGGACCACAACAAGCGAGUGAUCGGGAAGGCAGGCAGGAACCGCUGGCUGGGCAAGCGCCCGCACACAGGUUUGUGGCACCGCAAAGGCGGCUGGGCCGGGCGCAAGAUCAAGCCUCUCCCACCCAUGAAGAGCUAUGUCAACCUGCCACGGGUCACAGCAGUGGAGUGA